GAUGGCUGCGAGUAUCUCCGCUGACCUGGACAGCACAAAGCUGGUCUAUGAGCGAGUAAAUGUGGGAUCCCUGUACAAUCUGCUGCACCAAAGGCGGGAUGAGUUUCCUUUCCUACCGCUGUUUGACCUAUUAUCAGUGGUGCUACAGGUGUGUGAGGUGUUAAUGUACCUGCAUGGCCGAUCUCUGGUGCUCAGGGCUCUUUCCUCACACACUGUACUUAUAGUGCACCCUGGAGUUGCCAAGGUUACAGGCCUUGGGUUCAUUGCACCCAGUGAGGGAACGACCCCCUACACCCCACCUCCUGUUCUUUUGCCUCUCAGCCUGAUCAACUGGGCAGCUCCAGAAGUGAUUAGAUGUAGAGCAUGUACAGGAAAAGCUGAUCUCUAUAGUGUGUGCGCCCUUUUACAGGAGAUCUUUACAGAUGCUGUGCCAUGGGGCUCCACAGACCCACGCUGGAUAAAACGGUCAGUAGAGGCCGGUCAGGCUCUGAUAGCAAACCCUGCUGUGCCUGAGCCUUAUUACCACUUCCUGCAGACGGGCCUCCAGCACAGAGCCCAGCACAGGACCAGCAGCCUGCAUGAUUUGUGCUACAAUCUACGCUGUCAUAUAAGGGAGAUAAGAAGCGAGAAGACGAGAAGUGGAUGGCACUCAUGGUCAGCUCUUCAGAGCAUCCCUAGAUGGAAUACUGAUAUUAAUCAGACAAGAGAGCAAGACAAAUCUGUAUAUCAACACUGCAGGACUGCAGUACACAAUGAGAUCCGGGAACAUCACCUGAAAAGAAUCUACAGAGAAGAAGAGGAGUCCACCACAGACACUAAUGACCUACACUCAGAUAUUUCGCAUAGUGACAUCACUGCUUUGCAUGAAUGGCCAACUACCCAUCAUACCCCACUCUCUGAGGCACCUUGUUCUAACCAUAGGGAUACAGACAAGGAUCUGGCAAUUAGUCGCUCUAUCUCAAAGCAUGCUGGCUCCAUUGUUCUCAACCUCAAAGUGUCUCAGGUUCUUCUACAGCAAGCUGAGCAGAGUCUGGAUAAUGUGGAGGCAGCCCAAUUGGGCACCCCAUGCUUUGAUGAGGUGGAUGCUGUGAUGAAGAGGGCGAACAUGGAAAAAGAGCGCAAUGAUGGUGUUGGGAAGGCUAUGGGGCCACCGUUCGAAAAUUAUACAUCCAAGUGGACCAUUAAUGGAGAUGAGGAGGUCAGUCAGUGCAGUUCAGCUCAAGAUGAGAGCUUCGAAAGCACAUCCUAUCCUAGUAGUGUACAGGAGGAGAAAAGGGACUUGAAGAGAGUUGAAACAACAAAAAGAGGACAGCAACAGACAGGACAUCAAACGUCUGAGAGGUUAUAUGUACAACUUGGGUUGUCUGAGACCCAGAAAGACAGCACAGGCCGAUCUUGUCUUGAAGAACAUUUCCUAAAAAAACCCUCAUGGACCAGUGAGAUUAGUGAAAUGGUGGCCCUAAUGACACGUGGGCGCUUGGGGUCACCCUUGAGUGCUUUUGGCAGCAGUGACAGUGAGGAUGUAGUGGAGCAACAGCUCCACCUACAGGACAGACAUAGUGUGAACAGCUACCAGGAAUCUGAGACCCAGGAAAGCACUGAUCUGGAGCAACUAUUCAAGAGUUUUGCCGGUAUUCAGAGUGAUAGUGAGGAGAGCACAAAUUACCACACUAUCAAUCACACUUUUGAUGUGACCAAUGGCGUGCUGGAGGCUACAAGCCAAACAGAGGACGAGGGAAGUUCAGAUGGUGCAGACUGUACACAGACACAGCAAUCUAGCAUGUUCUACACACCCAAACACUACCUGUCCAAGUGUGCAUCAUCUGGUGAAGAGCGUUCUCAGUCAGAGGAUGAGUUGGACGUCACAGUGGAGGUGUGUCGACCCAGCUCAUCCCCAGCAGAGGGAAAACAGGCUGUUGAAAACAGUCUGAGUGAAUACCAUCUUGCUCAAGAGGACUCAAAGGAUUCUGAAUCUAUUACCCCUGUGCACAGGUGCAUUCCUACCAUCAGUUGUUUGCCAGACCUGGCUGAGAUUGCAGACCACUCCAGCAUAUCCUGUUCACCAGCCUAUCACCAAGAAUGGGUGGAGUCAGCUGAAGGCCCGCCCAUCCCUCUCAGCAGAGGACAUUCACACUGUAACAGCACCCCACGCAGCCCAAAAGGCCAUAGGACACACAUUCAAUAUGUGCAGGUUGGCACUGAACCCCUCCCUCACCUCCAGAGUCUGUUGGACUCAUCACCAUGGGGCAGUGCUCCAUCCCAUACUGUCUGCACAGAGAGUUACGCCACAGCCAGCACAGGAGACAGCAGCACUACAAAUGCCUCUGUGUCCAGCGUCCUGCAGUCUCCAGCGUUAAUCAACAUCUCUAAGGAUGGAAGGGAGGAAAUAGACUCUCCCUCCAGCGGUAAUGCAGAGUUCAACACUGCCAGCUCUGGAGCCAGACAGACCACUGAGACCAGCCAGGGGACCAGUGAAGAGAUAGAGCUUCCUAUUGAGAAUACUGAUGUGGAUGAGGAGGGACAGGAGGUAGGUGACGGCCCGUCAGAUUCUGAACAUCGAUGUGAGCAAGAGUCCGCUGAUGAAAAGGUGUUUGAUGAUGAAAACAAUGCAGAGAGGAUGGAAGGGUGUGAGGGUGAAAACCCAUGUCAGAUACAUGACCAGCAUCCAGAUGUCAACCCUGCUGAUAUGGAUAGUAAUGCAAACUUACAGAGUCAUAGCCUUGAUGAAAUGGAGAGCGUGUCUCAGUCUGACAUAAAAGGAGAGGGGGAUGUGAAAGAGGACUUGGGUUGUCCAGAAGGGGACUACAUAGAGACAUCAGAAUGUAUAAACGAGCUGGGAGAGAAGAUUGAGGCAGCUGAUCAGGAGAACCAUCCUAACAGCAGAGUUCUUGAGCAGACAGUUCCAGAGUCAGUCAAUCUGCACCGUUAAAGAUGAGCCG